AAAGGCACCAGCAGAAGUCGUGGAAUAGGUGCAAAGACUCUUGCCAAAGAGCAAGCAAGAAUAACGACACACCAGCGCCAUCUACUUCCUGCGGAAAACGUCAUAGCUGUUGAAAAUGGCGUUGGUUUCUGGGGAACAAGAAUAUUCUUCUCCCGCGAAACGCAUAAAACUCGACCAGACUCAACACCUAUCAAAUUCAAAUGUGGAACUUGAUUUCGGAACUUAUUCUGCACCAAUUAAGAAUGUCCACGAAGUUAUAGAAGGCCAAUAUUCAGUUACUGCAGAGGUGCUGAGUAGUAUAGAUUCAGGCUACAAUGAAAUGUCAUCAGCUUCAUGCAGCGACAACAGUGGUCAAUCAGGAUCAUCUGGUUUGGAAACUACUGUGUUUUCAAGCCAAAAGGAUUCUUCCAAUGAUGUCUGUGGGGAUUGUGGAAAAGAAGAGGAAGAAGAAGAAGACGAUGAUGAAAAAGAUGAAGUUUCAUCAACAGUGAGCAAUCUUUCUAACCUUAGUGGUCUAUCUGAUUUGAGUGGACAAGAAUGGAAACCAAUGGCCGGUCCGAUGAGUUGGGUGCAGAAACAGAGGCUUAUUGGAGUAAACCCUCGAAAUAUUUUAAGCCAGCUAAUGGGUGAUAAUUCACACAUUCCUCCAACAAUGGAUGAUCUUACCCUCUGGAAGAUAAUAGUCAAUAUUCUAAGUGAACCACCUAGGCGACAGAAACUUCGACAUGUUAAUACUCUUUUGGAUGUUGUUCGAUUACUGAAAGGAGCUAAGAAAAUAAUUGUUCUCACAGGAGCUGGGGUUUCUGUUUCAUGUGGAAUACCAGAUUUUCGCAGCCGUGAUGGCAUCUAUUCUCGCCUUGCCCUUGAUUUUCCAGACCUCCCAGACCCACAAGCAAUGUUUGAUAUCCAAUAUUUUAGUCAGGAUCCGCGUCCUUUCUUUAAGUUUGCUCGUGAAAUAUAUCCCGGUCAGUUUAAACCUUCUCCUUGUCACAGAUUUAUAAAAAUGUUGGAAAAACACAAUAAACUGUUAAGAAACUAUUCCCAAAACAUUGAUACAUUGGAACAAGUUGCUGGUAUACAAAAUGUUAUUGAAUGCCAUGGGUCUUUUGCUACAGCUUCUUGCACGCGAUGCAAAUAUAAAGUAACAGCUGAUGCAAUUAGAGAUGAUAUUUUCGCUCAGAAGAUACCUUUGUGUCCACGGUGCUCAAACAAUGCAACUUCUCACACAAUUGACAAUGAACGUUACUCAGAUGAUUAUAAAGAACUUGUUAAACAAGGGAUUAUGAAACCAGAUAUAGUCUUCUUUGGAGAAGGAUUACCAUACCAGUUUCAUGAAUCUAUGGCAGUGGACAAAGAUAAGUGUGACUUGCUAAUUGUCAUUGGCUCAUCCUUAAAAGUCAGGCCAGUUGCUCUUAUUCCAAGUUCAGUUCCAUCAAGUGUUCCACAAAUUUUGAUUAAUCGUGAACCUCUACCACACUUCAAUUUUGAUGUAAAAUUGCUUGGAGACAGUGAUGUGAUUAUAAAUCAACUCUGUCACAUGUUGGGUGAUGAUUGGUCUGAAGCAUGCUGGUGCCCUGAACCUUUAGUUGAGGCAAAACAUUUGUUGCCUUCUAUCCAUAGUCGACGGAGCAGCUAUGACAACACUUGGAAUGGGCGACAUAAGAUUACGGGACAAAGCAGUUCUAAAUCUACAGUCGAUCGGGGGCCCAGAAGUAAAUUGAAUAUUGAACCACCAGGUCAAGCUGCAUCUAUUUCCUCAACUGCUGCUGGUGUCAUGAAUAGAGAUAUUGUAACAGAUGGAAACUAUAGUCCAUACACAGGAGACCAUGGUUCAAAUGUUGAAAGCAGUGAAGCUGAUUCCUUGCAAAUGUCAAUAGAUAGUGGAAUGGGAAUGUCUGCAGAUAGUAGCUCUAGUGGAAUGAAAGAAAGACACAUGUCAGUUGAUUCAUCUACACGGGACAGUGGAGUAUGUUGUUCUGCUGACAGCCCCGUUGACAAUAGGAACUUUUCCAUGAUCGAUUCAUCCAAAGAAUGCAGUCAGGAAAGUACAGACCUGUAUGACAGUACAGUACAAAGAGAGAUCCGGUGCAUGCCAUGUGGAGUAAGUAGUUGUAGCAGCAACAGGAACAAUAGAGAUAAAGACUCUCAUGUUGAUAGCAGUUUGAAGCAGUCUCCCGCUGACAGUACAUCUCAAGGAAAGCAAUACACAGUUCUUAUUGAUUCUACAUCAAUGCUUCAAGAGGCAGAACCAGAGCACAAUGAAUGUUGUCAUUCACCAAAGGAUUCAAUAUCAAUACAUCCUGCUUCUGCAGAUAGCACUUUUGGAAAUGGAAGAGUAACCUCUUCAUCUGUAUCUGUUUGUGCUUCUGUCAACAAUCGACAAUUGUCUGUUGACUCUAUGAGAGAUAGUGGGAUUGGUGAUGGAACCAAUAGUGUGGACAGCUCAGCAAGCUGCGGUGCAUCUCCUACGGCCUCCAAAGAACAUCACAUGUCAGUUGAUUCAAGUGAUGAAGCACCAAAAUGCGAAGAUGAUAUUGAAGCACUUAGAGCUUGUUGGCAGCCCAAAAUUAGAGAAAGUUUAGCUUCUCGAUUACCUGAGGACUCGUAUUAUUUUAUGCAGCCAAAUACCUACAUCUUUCCGGGAGCUGAAGUUUUUUAUGAUCCUGAUGACACAGAACACUCUGUGUAUAGUGGUAGUGGCAGCAGUAGUAGUGACUCAAGUGAUUCUGGAAGUAAUGCCUCCGAUGAUAGUGACGGUGAGGAUGCAGAGGCUGAUCCGUGGGAUUCAACAGCUACUCCAGGCGAGAAAGUUACCAUGGGAAGGAGUCCUUGAUGCAGGCCUGGAAGAGGCCUUCCUUUUGUUGGUGCUUCCUUCCUGCACUUUAGAGGCAUGAAUAUAUGGUAAACGUCAAAACAAAGAAUGGCCUGUAAGUGGAAAACUUCCUUAGCCCAGAUUGGAGGAACACAUUACAGAACAUUUUAUUUAGCGUAGAGGGUAAUUAAACAGUAGUGACUCUGUAGCUGAAAAAUUUCUGUAGUUAAUACAUUGCUACCUAAUGCUUUACAGUAAACAAGUGAUUAUCGAUUAUCAGUACUAUUCAGAACGAAUUAGAGCAAAACAUGUAAUUUUAUAUAUUGUAUGGAACAAUGGAACAUUUUACUAAUUUACAAGUGUUUUAUCAACUUGUGGAUAAGCAGUUUCCUGGAUACACUUAAUUUCAUUGAAUAUAUUUUCUCUGAGCAGAAGCUAAAAAUACUCUUUCUGGUAAUACAAAUCACCAGAUAUUACACAAUUCUGUGUCAAGAAGAGUUGCACUUAAGAUGUUCUUGAACUAAUAUGAACAUGUGUGCAUUGAAACUGAGCAAUCUCCUGAUAGUUAUUUUUCAAUUAUCUUUGUCAGAAAAUUUGACUGGGGAGUUACACUGUAAAAUUCAUGUGUUAAAUUAAAACACUUCAGUAAAUGGCUUAUUAUUAGAUAAAACCUCUCCAUGAUGAAUGAAAUUUAUGUGAUAGUAUAAAUUAACAAAACUGUUGUCAAAGUAUGUGACAGAUACUUUUUGACAGUGGUCUAAAAAAUUUGCAGUAUAUUGUGCAUUUCAUCAUUUAAAUUUAUUUGGUAAGUUCAGUGAAUUUUAAAGGCAGAAACUUCCCACAGCAAUAAGCAGGAUAAUGAAGAGUAAUAUUUUGGGGGAAUUUGUCAAUGCAUUUUUGAUAUUCAAGUCGUCCAUAGAGUUUUAUUUUGUGUCUGACUGUUGAAAGAAACUUGUUAAGGGGUUAAGACAAACUGUUUUAUAUGUAAAAAAAAAGUAGAAGAAGAAAAAAAAAACGAAAAAUUGUACAGUUGUGUUUUAGAAGGGUAUGUAUAUUGAUUUUAAACUAAGGAAAUUUUUAUCAAUGUGUAUAUAUUUAGUUAUAGGUUCAUGUGUCCUGAAGCAAUCUAGAGGUCUUGUGCAUUUAAUUCCAAUUAUAUUAAUCUUAAUUUGCCCUAAAGUCAGCAGAGUGUUUAUUAAUGAAAUAAUUGUGAUUUUAUAAAUCUUUAUUCAUAGCUAGAAAUUUGUUUGCCUCUAGCUUGCUACAAAGAAACCAAAAAAAGUAAACAGAUAUUAUAGGAUUCUUUAAGAAAUGUGCAUUUUCUGAUUUUAUUUUUUCAUACAUAGUGUUAAUUGUAAAGGUAAUAUUUAAUUUAUCCAAAUUUGUUGUUUUAUUUUAAAGAAUCACAAGUAAGUGAUUGUGUACAUGUGUGUGCCUGUGAGUGUGUGUAUGUAUGUACGUACUUCUUUUGUAUUUGUGCUCUGACACAUUCAGUUGGUUGUUAACUUAUUCAUAAUGUGACUUUUCAAUGGUGAAGUAUGGUACUUGUAGUAGCUUUCGUACUGUUUAAUUUACUUUGUUUCAAGGAAAGAAACCUUAUAUUAAAGUAGUCACUAUUUUUACCUAUAUUCUUGUGGUGAACUUAUUUUAUAAUACAACACCUAGAAAAUAAAAAUGAACAUGUAUUUUUAUUUCAGUGUUAAAUACAUGUUAAAAUAUUUGCUCUAACAUAAUUCUAAAUGAUAGUUCCUGUCACUAAUUACUUGAAAGCUUAAUGUCUUCUUAUAAACUGAGCCAGUUUUUGUUUGUUUUGUUGUUGUUGUCUUUUUUUCAAUUUUAAAUGGUGAUUUUAAGAACAACAUAAUAACUUAUUUAAAAUACAAAUGUAAUAAAAUUUAUGAUUACCUUUCUUACCUACAUCUUUACCUCUUUUCAAUAAAGAUUGUUUUUAUCUUAUAACUUCUAUAUUUGGCAGAAGAUAUGUUGAAUGGACAACUCUAGGACAAAAAUGAUGAUUUAUAUUGUCACUACAAUGUGUAUAACUUUGGCAUUACAUUAGGGGAAAUGUCUUUUAAAAUUUAAAUAUUUUCACAAAAUGUGGAAAAACAUUUAAUACAGAAGGACAAAAGUAAGUUUUAAUGUGCAGCUGUUGUUGAUAAUUGUUUUGGAAAUUAAAGAUUUUCUUAAAU